AUGCAUCCCUACAAGUCGACGCUUUUGCUUAUAUUGUGUACAUUAUCCGCUGUCCCUCUGCAUCGGCCGGCCGAUGGAAUGCUUUUGGGACCUCCGGUUUACAACCGGAUCAGUCGCGAACGGGGCAAUAUUCUGAAGAAUAUCACCGGGACGCAGGAGUACGAGAACCACAUCGUAACCAGCCGACUAGAUGCGUCGGAACCGGUCCGUAUGAUGUAUCGCGGAAUUCGCGAGGUGUACAACCGGCUGCUGGGACCGACGGGGAUGCGUGACGAGGGGGUGUCACUGCAGGCGCGGGUACCUCCUAAUGUGCCAUUCCCAUGCGAUGUCCGGGGCUAUCGGAGUGCGAAACCGCCGACCAGCGUCCAUCAGCUCCGGCCGGGAGACUUCGAUGUGGUCGCCGCCUUGGGCGACUCGCUGACCAGCGCAACCGGAGCGAAUUCGCGCGUGUUCUGGGAACUGCUGAUCGACAACCGGGGACUUUCGUGGUGCAUCGGAGGGCAGGGCACCUGGAGGACGCAUCUAACGCUGCCGAAUAUUCUGAAAGAGUUUAAUCCACGACUUUUCGGAUACUCUUUUGCAGACUCCUACAAUGUGCACCUUCCCUCACAGUUCAAUGUGGCGGAAAUUAUAGCAACUACUAGCGAUAUGCCAUACAACGCGGCGUCGUUGGUGGAGAGGAUGAAGUCGGACCCACGUGUAAAUUGGCAUAAACACUGGAAACUGCUAACAAUCAUGAUUGGCGGGAACGACUUCUGUUCGGACGUUUGCUACCAAACGAACGCCACCGAGUGGAUUAACCGGGACCAGGAAAAGUAUCUCUUGACAACCUUGCACUACCUCAAGAAGACGAUGUCAAGAACGUUAGUGAAUCUGGUUCCAUCUCCGCUGAUCAAUCUGUCGUUUUCGAUCGAUAAGGUGCAGGCGCCGCUAACGUGCCAAUUCGUGCGGCCCAUCGAGUGCUCCUGUCUGUACGGGCCCAAGUACUCGGCAAACCGGAACCUCUACCGGUCGCUGGAACGCCGGUUCGUGCAGAUAAUGGAGCGCGUCAGUCAUCGGCCGGAGUUUCACAGCGACGACUUCACGGUCGUCUACCAGCCGUUCUACCGGGAUGCGAGCAUUUUCUACCGGCGGGACGGCAAGCCCGACCUGUCGGUGAUGGCCAUCGACUGCGUGCACCUCAGCCAGAAGGGACACGCCGUAUCGGCGAACGGGCUGUGGAACAACAUGCUGGAACCGACGCGCCACAAGACGACCGUACUGAGGGAACUGUUCGAGGACUUUAAGUGCCCAACGCCCCACAACCCGUACAUACAGACCUACUAUAAUAGCUAG